GUUUAAAAGAGGAUUCCUCUUGGACUAGCUAUGAGAGAAUGUCAGAUAAACGGACUAAAGGAUGGUUUCUUGUUGAUUCGCCAAAAGAUGUCGCUCUUGUCGUUUCACUUUAUCUCUUGAUGGUGUGGUUGGGCCCAAGGCUUAUGAAAAAGAAAAAACCAUUUAAUUUGAAAGGAGUUCUAAUUGCAUACAACUUUAUAAUGAUGCUUGUAAACUUCUUAAUACUGAAAGAUCUCUUGGUUGGAAGUUCAAGACUUAAUUAUAAGUAUCUUUGCCAUCGAAGUGACCUCGAAUUCCAUCCUGAAGAAAUAAGGGUCAUGAAUGCAAUGUGGUGGUUUUACAUUUCAAAAGCCUUGGAAUUCACUGAUACGUUGUUUUUCAUUUUGCGAAAGAAAACUGAUCAAUUGAGCUUACUGCAUGUCUAUCAUCAUAGCACAAUGUUUCCAAUUUGUUGGUCGUCAAUCAAAUGGUAUCCAAGUGGAGCAGCUGUGCGCUUACCUAUGCUCAAUUGUUUUGUUCACGUGGUUAUGUAUUUCUAUUAUGGGCUAAGUGCUAUUGGGCCAAGUGUCAAAAAGAUGUUAUGGUGGAAAAGAUAUUUAACUGUAUUACAAUUGAUACAAUUUGUUAUAUCUUUAUUUUGGUCUUUGCAAUCAUUGAUAAGAGGCUGCAAUCAUCCUGCCUGGAUUGAUAUUACAUCACCGUAG